AUGCUUUCGAGCCUGGAUAGAGCAGUUGACAGCGAGAAUUUACCACGGUAGGCCCCCAGCGCCCUGGCAGCAGAUACGUGCUGAUGCACCCUCCAGGGUGCUCGCACGUUCAUGACAAAUUGCCGGCCUCGCUGGCUGUCAAUACGGGAAGAUUUGAUUGGCUGAGGGUGGGGUAUAAAUAAACACCGCGGCAGACGCCCAGGCCUCCAAUCGUUUGGCUUGUGGACGCAGGCCUUGAGUGAGCGGGUCGGGAAUGAGCGUACUUGGUGUUCUCCCGAUGGGAAUAGCCAACGUUAAGUAGACAAGGACCGUCUUUUAAAUGUGUGUACAAGCUUGGAAGGUAAAUUUGCUGCUCCAUUGUUUCGCUUAUUCACUUUAUACCGAUAGUGUUUUAUGCUCUCAAGUUGAAUUUAAUGCUUUUGAAACUUUCUAUGUUCCAUAUUAAAGACGAAAUAAGACAUCCCACUCAAUGAAACAAUGCAGAAUAGACUCCCAGCAGUCGUUUGGCUCAUAGCUCAGUCAGUAGCGAAUUUAAUACGAAUACGUUUACUCUGUCAGAAAGUGGCAUGAACGACUGGACCAUCUACGAUUAAAAUGUCCUAAAGUGAAUGUGUGGAGGAGAACCCCGACUUUCACUACCUCUUAAAUAUCAAGAAUAGACUCUCCAGAUACCCUUCGGUUUAUAGCUCAGACAGUAACAAACUUCCUAAGAAUAUUUUUACCCUGCUGGGAAGAGGAGCGAACGAGUGAACCAUCUACGAUUAAAAUGUCUAAAAGUGAGUGUCUGGCGGAGAAACUAAACUCCCAUUACCUCUUAAAGACUAAGUCUUUCUGUCGGAUACGUGUCUGAAUAAAGACAACUCUUAGAGGAGCCAUCGAAGUAGAACCGUGGGGAAUCAGCUCAAUGUGAAUUUUGUUCACUAUACUUAGUCAAAAUGUUCUGACUAAGGUCCUAAAGAGCACUUAUAAAUCCCAACGUUUGGGUUAACGACCCGAUGCCCACGACAGUUCUGUGUCGUGUACCUGUGGAAGUCACAUACAAGUUAGUUUGCCGGAAGUGUAAGCGACGUAGGUCCCAUCCAACGACUUCACACUUUAGAUCAGUUUAUACCAGUCAAAAACAUGGCGAAUGAUCCCAGAUAAAGACGGAUUUGAGAGACCAUAUUCUAUGUACGACUGAGAAUCCCUGGUACGGGGCGGUGGUAACCGUUUAUAAAAGACAUAUAGGGAAGAGAAGUAUAUUUAAGGUCAUAAUUUUACAAGGAUUGAGGCUGGAGGCCGGGAAGGCGGUGUUGCUCUGAACUGCCCCCAUCCAUCCGACGUGCGCCGAUUCCUUCUGACCAACUCUUCCUUCAGGAGACGACGUUUCCCCUAGCAGCGGGGUUGGUUCCCUUGGGUAAACCUGUGACGAUCCUUGCGAAAGAGCAAAUUUUUUCCAACAACGACUUCUUCGAUGAGUCUUUGCCCUCUGCCCUGAACACUGGCAGGGAAUGCAGCGCUGCGAAUCAUCUCAGGGUAGUUUUGGAGGUUUGCUUUGACGCGAGCCGGAUCGCCACAGACUUGCCUAAGAGAGGUAUCCGACUGCUAAAGUCUGCGCACCUCCCGAAGGCAGCCUUGCCCAGACAGGUGACGGGGACGUUGGAUUGAUCAACGGAGUCAGAUGCAAACCGCUUGCACAGCCCACCGGGCGUCUAUUUAUGCAGUCCUGGAGGGCUCAAAUCGAUCGGAAAUCUCGAGCGGAGGGAACCGCUAACCGGUUAACGCCCUUUCAACGCGGAGACUUUGGAGGAGAGCCCGGCAGAAGGAUUGUUUUACCGCCAUGUGAGUCAUCACGGUAGCUUGUUUGCGCAGGCCCUGUCUGGGCUGUGGUGUGAUCAACAGGUAGGAACAAGUAGUUGACGUCUUAGAGAGCACUCGCGUGUUGACUCCGGCAACGGUGCUUAACAGCGCAACGGAACACGUUUUGUUAAGUGCAGUGAGUCAUGCAUGGAACCAGACUCGUUGCUGCUUAUCUCGACCUCUACGACGUGGCAAACUGUUCAAAGAGGCUAACACGCCAAAAUACACCAGACGUCUUAUAACACAAAUGACAAUUUGACUAAUGUAGAAUCGUCUUUAUCCUGAAGUUGAGGUGUCUCGAUCGUUCGUCUCUUUGUCAGCGCCAUGUUUCAUACAGGUAGCUAACGUUAAGUCGUUUUUUAAAAGAUUCUCGUUAUAAAUGAGGAGUUUUCAAGCCUUUUACUAUCUUAGCCGUUUUUUUCAAAAUAGCAUAUCCAGUAGACGUUUAGACAUCAGCAUAGUCGACUGGAAGUUCGGCCAUCGCCACGCGAUAAAGUGACCUUGCUGGAAGUGAGUUCCCGCUUUGGCGAUCACAAUACCGCUAAUAUUUUGGGGGUGGGCUAGGAAGGUUUUUUUCACCUUUUUGUAACAUUUCCAGUCAGCCAGAUUUCCAGGAAGGAGUUCGCAAACCCCGAUUCCUUCUUCAACAGGAUAUGUAGGGAGUUUUGAGCGGGGAUUUGAGCAGUUUAGGGAACUCUGCUAACGUGGAUUGAUCCAUUAGCUGUAAAAAAACCACUGACAUCGGUACAGGUUUCAUGCUUUGCAACGUCUGCAAGUCGAGUAGUUCGAUUUUACUGUCCAAGUAACUUAAGUCGUUUGUUGACUACAUUCGUGAGCCGUCCAGCUCUGUUCAUCCAUACUGUUUUCAGGUAGACCAGGAGUCGAACCUCGUUGGAGAGUAGUGCCAACGGAGAGGAAGAAGGCUGGAAUGAUCAUUUCGGACUGGUUUGUUGCUGCCAGCCGGUACGACUCAGGAUUCGAGGUUACAUUUCCCAGUUUCCUUCCCGGUUUCAUCUUCUUUUGUCUUCGAUAAUACCAGUUACCUAUUAAAAAUGCGCAGUUUUGGUCCAUCAAACGAUCCAGCAUUGAGUCACAGCUAUGGCCGCUGUAGCAGAAUUACCAGUUUUUCUUCGCCAAAUGACCGUUUGGCUCGUUCUCAACCCGAAGCUCCAAAGCGGCAGGGUGAACCCGUAUUUCAUCCUGCCUAUUUUAACUCCGGGUUCAACCGGACUGAAUAAGCAUCCAGAUCUGGGUCCAGUGUUUGGGUUCACUCGGUUUGGUGCUGUGAUUUUGACUGCUUGAUGACCGCCGAUAGGUUAAAAGCCAAAAUUUUCAGUUUUUCCCGUCUUGGUUGCUUGCAUCCCUUAAAUAGUUUUGACAAUAUUUAUGAGAACGACCGCCAGAGUCCUUGGCUAAAGCAAGACCCACAUUCGGCCUUGAUGUCAGGCAGACCGGAUCGGUGAACGUCACACGCACCCACGUACUUCGCACCUCACUUGUCACACAUGUAUGAAUACUCCAGUUUGGCUCAGAUAUCUUGCCUAGGUAGUACCCGUUUUAAUAUCUACUUGGUUGUAUCCUGUAUAACUGCAUUUUUACUAGUCAUCUACUUCCAGCGAAGACGGCGAGAGACCAAGCUAAGGUUAGCCGUUCAGUUCCAUCUCUCCCCCUGAGCGAAGGACUGCGGCUACCAAAGUCAGUUUUCUUGCCAACUUGCCUCACACCUGGAGAUACCUCCAAAAUACUCAAAAUCUGAGUGGGCCUUCGGGACGGAACAUCUGUUGGUUGCAAACGGAAACCGAGUGAGCAUAUCUGACGGACGACUGAUCUCCCAUAUUGCCCGCGCAUACACGCAACAAGGAUUGCAUGUUUAAGCCUUUGGUUUUAUCUCAGUUCUACUGAGACACUGCUACCUCACCAUGACACCGGUGGUGUUGGAAAAAUGAAGACACCCCUAUUUCAUGUGAAGUGUUGAAGACGACUCUCGAAUACCGAUUUUCAGUAGCCUACCUUAGGGAAUUGCAGAAGUUUUCCUCUACAUCUUUUACCAUCUGCUUUACGCAGGAAUGUAUGAUUAGCAACGUAUCUAGAUCAUAGUAGACGCCUACCCAUAGCGAAAGAAUUCAGGGCUGCAGUGUUUUCAGGAUCAGGUCUCAGAUGAAGUCAGUUUUGGACUAUUUAAACGACAGAAAAUCUUCAGUCGUAAUGUGGGAAUCUUCGCAGAACUUGGCAAGCGAAAUGCCUGAGUACAUGAUUAACCAAUUUACACAGAAAUUAAACAACUACCAGGACCAAAUCACCUCCCGACUCCAUGGCCUGAUAAAGUUAUUCCAAGAGAAAAUGUGAUCAUUUCAGUCUUUUCUUAAGGAGUUCGUGCUGCAACUUACCAGCUUAAAGCUAUCAGGACUUCAAAGCAGAAAACAUUUCAUCUACGCAACUAAUUGGAACGGAGAAUAAGGUGCUGCAAUACAGGACCAUGCUUUCGCAAAGCAUUAACGAGCAUUAGACAUCCAAAACGGCGGAAAACGUAUACAUUUGAAAUUUUUGUGGAACUCUAUUCUGACGAGCUACGUUAUGUUUUUAAAUGAGAGGUGGAAGGAAGAAAUGGAAAAGAUCCAAGUUAGGAAAGCUAUCAGCCGGUGAAGAACUACUUAUAUCCAUUCAACUGUCUAGACAGUCGGAUUUAUGGUAGACGGGCGCUCUGCAAUCUUUUUACGGAACUCAAUCGUCGCAUUGUGCCUUUGGGGUCUCUCGCGAGCCCAACCAGCGGCCACACAGCGGCGCGUAAUAGAGGCAGAAUUGCAUUACUGACAAAGACGAGGGAGACUGCAAUGGUUAUUUCUUGCUGAUUGGCCGUCGUCAGGCAGCCAUGCCCAGCCCAUGGCUCCGUGGUUGGGGACGUUGGAUUUCUAAUCAAUAGGUCGCGGAGCCGACCCCCAGGUGGUCCACACCUCGGGGUUGGGUAUGACUGGCUGACGAUCAAUAAGUCAGAAAUGGCCAUUCCAGUCUCCCAUGUCUUUGUCAGUAGUGUUGCUUGGCCAGAUUUCUGUCCUCAAAACCCCAAAAGCAUGGGCAACAAGGGCCACUGCAAGCUGAGUGCGGGCUCAAGCAGGUAAGAAUUCGCAGACGGAAAAGCAACUUCAAUGACUACGGUGGAAAUACCGUGAUUGGCCUAUCUUGACAGUCCCAAUGAUCUAAUUUAAAUAAAUGUAUCUACUAUGCAAUAUAUAAGUAGGCAUUGUGACUAGCAAUAAAUAAUCGAAUGCCAAUGUGACGUCGGGUUCUGCAUAUACACUUAAUCGUUCGUUUCUUCAGCCCACUUAAAAGGUUCAGUGCUAGGAAACGAUCAAGCCCCUAUGACUCUGCGGACGUUUGGCGGAAUUUGACUCUUGUUCCCUAUGAUCUUCUACGUCAUGACCGGCAAAUAGUUGAUGAAGACGGAAAUAUGUGGAGAAUUCCUCAGAAAAGCCCUUGUCCGGCUUCAAGCCACACUGCGUCAGUGAAAACUGGUUUAAUGAUUUAACCAACAGUCUUGGCGCUAUGUAAGACGGUAUUAACUGAACUGUUGGGAGGGCAAGUCAUACACUCCGAGUGUCCACUUCCAUUCAUUCAUCAGACAAUGGUGCUGAAAUAACCAGAAUAUUUUUUGGCAAAAGUAGAAGACGGUAGAAUCUUGUAGUGGUAAAACGUGGGAAACCAGACAAAAUAGGGCCACCGAUCCUCAAAGUUCACGCAGAGUGUUUGCUUGACUGAGAACAACACACUGAAUAAUAGAGUCGUUUUACGGGACUAUCGGUCGUCUGCAUGGACCAAACGUGGUAUACAGAACUCAGAGGGCAGCGCAGUUGGCGCGAAAUCGGAGUGUUAGAAGUUCGAUUUAGUCUGUCCGUAUAUGUUUUCUAAGUUUCUACGGGGCGUUUUUAGUGAACAAUAUUGCAGUCAUUUUAAAUAUCACGUACUGCACCUAGUGUCAAACCCCAGAACAAAUUUUACAGUAUCUUUUGUAAUUUUCGAGAUUAGAGCGAAAUAUGGGAGAACUUUAUGAGUAAUGGGCUUUCAAAAAACAAUGUAAAAUAUAUACAUCUGAAAUUUUCGUGGAAACUUAUUUUGACGAGCUCUUUUAUGUUUUUUUUUGACAAGAGACAGAAGGACGGAGAAGGAAAAAUUACACUCUUUGAACAGAAUUAUAACUAUUGUGCACAAGGAGGGGUCUGCAUGUUACAUUAAGACCUUGCAAAUCUAAGGUCAGUUAGAAGAGCCUAAUAUUAUUUGAGAUUUCCUGCAUGUAAUCUGUCCAUAGAAAACACGUUUUGCAUAGUAUUUAAAUGUUUGAUCCAACUGAAGUUAAUGCUGGAUUCGUGAUCAAAAGCUGAAUCGAGGAGUGAGAGGCUAAGAUUGAAAUUUGGUCCUCAAGGUAAGCAUAAGUAGUCCGAUCCAAUAUUCUACGAGUGUCUGCUGCGCUACUAGCCGAUUGUGUAAAAUUCAAAUGCGAGUGAGCUCUAGAAAUCUCCAGUAGGCGAGUUUCAUCCGGGCUCCAAUUGACUAUUGUUAAGACAAAAAGAUCUUGUUAGCAUAAAAAACCCACCCACCAUUCUUCAUAUCCCAGUAUCAUGUAAUAAGCGACUUUCUGCGACUGUGCAACGAGUUUGCGAGAACUUCGGCUUAAUGCUAAAUCCCCAGCAUCGCAGCGUAAUUCCUAAUGUAAUCUUGGCUUUAAAUUGGAGUCUUCUAGUUCCGACAAGAACUUGCGAAUAUAGAGUUAAGUCGAGCAACGACCUAAUUCGUAUGUAAACAUUUCUUUGAACGACAACCUGAAGCGUUCUAUUGAUGGGCCGUUUUACUUUACACUGAAUGAUGGUUUUUCGGGCACAAAACUGAAAACGAACAAGAUCCUUAUCAUGAAAGAUUUCAGAUCAUCUUUAAAUCUCUGAUACCAGCGCUGAUCCAGGAGUGUUAGCCGUCCUUUUUGGAAGGUGGGUUUGUGUUUUGCUCAAGACGUAUUCCAUGUGCUGGAUCACCUGCACUGUCUCAUUUUUUUGCCUCCGGUCGGCAGUUGAUCGCCAAACCCAUCAAUCACACUGGUAACAGCUCGUAGGCAAAAGUGGUGCAAGUCUAUGCACCCAAACGACCUAAAAUUCAUGCAAGAUGUUUUCCUUUAUGGUUCGAGCUUUGUGAUUGGCAAAAACUAACCUGUUGCAGAGGCUAAGCGGAUCAGAAGAAAAAUCAUUUCCGCUGGGUAAUAGCGCACGCCUUUGCCCAUCACAUGACACAGGCUGAUGAUGUACAGGAAGCUGGUAAGUGUGCAGAGGGGUCUGGAAUGAGUGUGAUGUGAUGACGCACUACGAGGCGAAAGAUUCUUACAUAUUUCUGCACGAGGAGGUUUUUGUUGCCUCCUUCAGUGAGAGAAGUUUGUAUGAUAAGGGCUACCAAAACGUUAAACAUGUCCAGGGGUAAACAGAGUACCAUGGUUCGAAGUGGGCCAGUGCGGUUUCAAACAGAGGAGACCGAAGAGAUUAAAACAGAGACGGGUUGGAGCUGACUCACCUUCCGCAUACAAGACCGGAUUGCAUAGCGCAGGUAUGAAUACCUCGACAUGUUGCAUAAACUCGGUGUACAAAUGCAGACUGUUAUAGAGCAUCAUGGCGCCGUCCAUGUUGUCGAAGGCCAGCACGAUGACGGCUGUCUGCUUGUGCCAUGUGCCGCGAAGUGUCUUCGUACCCUUUUGGAGGAGAGGAGAGUCACCAGACGCCGUAAGAAAACAACUACAGUCACUUGCACUACUUGAAGAGAAACUGUCAUUUGCUCAAAAAAUCUUACGAUGCCUUCAAAGUCGCUAUGUUUGCGGGGUAACAAACGCACGACCCGGCUGACUGGGCAGCUUUCGUCGCAUCGCUGCUUAGCUUAAUUGCGACGACACGGUAUUUUAGGGCAAAUAUACCUACAAAUUUUGUCGAUAAAGGCGAAGAUGCGAGUUUCAACAGGCAGUUCAUCGAAAGAAGAUGCGAUCGGUGGAACAAGAUAUUUAUCAGCCGGGCAGUCAACACGCCUAUCUGUGAGCCUCUAUGACGAUGAGUCCGGGUGAGACUCCUAGAUUGGUCAAAACGAACCUAUCGAGUAGAUUUGUUCACCACUUGCCAUUUCAGACUGGUUUUCUUUGCUAGUCCUUCUUGAAGACGGUGCAAUUCACCGCUGCCUGAUGCGUAUGUGUGAGCAUGCGCUGAAAAGAGACGCAGUAGUAUGUGCCGGCUAAACAGUGAGAGUGUGCACUCAGAGCGCUACGAUCAUGAGGUCAAAUUCCGACUUGUAAGGAGAAGAUGGACAGCAGCAGAAUGAGGGGUUUAAAGAACCCGAGGUUGUCCCCUCGGGCGGCAACGGCUUAUGGUGGAUCCAGGGCUGGUGUUGACUGCGUCCAGUCAUGCCUGACAGUCAGUGAGGCAGCGGUAGCAGCUGCUUUUAUAGGCUCUUGGGGCAAGCUCAAGUGGUCUCCAAUCGGGGUGUGUUGCAUUUGCCGAGGGGUGGUGUUCCCCAGUGGCUUACGUCGUUGUUGUUGCAGGGCGAGGUUGUGCGCUCAAGUGGCACAUGGCCGACUACGACCCUAUGGACGCACGUGUGUCCGAGUUAAAGUCGGUUGAGGGGCUGCAGGCCAGCGCGCCUGGAACCGCUCACUGCGAAGGUGAAUGCCCUGAUGCAACGGGGUCCUAAACAAGGACGCCAGACAUGACCAUGAUGACUGUCGGCAACAACACUCGUCACAAUAUAGGCAGAGUGUUGUUGCUGACAAAGACAAGGGAGACUGGCAUACUCAACCCGGAGGUGGGAAGCACCUGGGGCUUAAUCCCACUUCUAACUAACAGAUCGCGGGAUCGAGCCCCAAGUGCUUCACAAUUGGGGGUUGGAUAUGCCAGCCUCCCUUGUCUUUGUCGGUAACAGCAUUCUGCCUGUAUCAUGCGCCGCUGUGCGGUCGCUGGUUGGGUUCGUGAGAGAACCGGUAAGGCACAACGGAACGAGUGAAUUCCGUAAGAACGAUCGGUGAGCGCACCUCUACCACUCAUCAUAAUCCUGAAUGAAGAUCCCCAAUGAUGGUGUAGAGGCGAGUCCACCUUUAUUAGCGAGGAUCGUGUCCGUGGUUUCCAAAUCCUCAAUUUGUUUCCAGAAUGGCUUCCUGUUUCAGCCGCGUUUUCAACUGAAAAAUUAACAUGGGAGCAAAUAGCCUGCUUGCAGUGUUGAGGAGGGAAAUUCUCUUGUAGUCGUCGCCCACCUGGCAGUUUCGUUUUGGUUGUAUAAGUAGACAGGGAGGACGUUCUCGAAGCCCUGGGACGCUUUCCAUUCAUUCAGACCUCUUCAAAUAGCGGAGUUAGUCUGUUCAAGGACGUUGUGUUUAGAAUCGCAGCUGGAAUUCAGUCGUCACUAGGAGCAUAUCCGCCGCAAAUAUAUUUUACUGAUUUAAUUGUUUCCGUUAUCCAUGACAAUGUAGCGGUGUGGGUGUUGGUGUGGGUGUAAAAUCAGGUCGCUUUUUGUAGAAAGAAGACCGAAGGCACCAGAUUGAGGGGUUUAUUGCAUAUAGAACCCCGUGUUGUACUCCCAUGCGGCAGUAGUCGUUGGUGAAGCCACGGUUGGUUUUGACCGCGUCCAGUCAUGCUGAGAGUACAUGCGAAAAUGGUGCCAGCUGCUUUUGUAGGCUCGUGGGCCAAGCCCAAGUGGUCUCCAAUCGGUGUGUGUCACAUUUACCGAGGGGUAGUUUCCCAGAGGCUUAUAUUCUUGGGUGCAGGGGGGUGGUGCGUUCAAGUGGCGCCUGGGCAGCUGCGACUCUGUGGGUGUUCGAUGUAAAGUCAGUCGAGGGGUUGCAGGUCGGUGCUCCUGGAAGCACGUAGGGACCCUGAACAGGGAUGCCAGACAUGACCAUAAUGACUGUCGGCAACGGUUGCAGCGUACGCCCGAGAUUAAGGUCACCACAGUGGCCAUGUAUGAAAAUCCCUACAGGAGGUGGCGUAUCUACUGAAAUGGUAAUGUAAAUUCUGAGAGCUUUUCGCCCAGAAAGGAUUAAUUAGGUGGGGCUGUAAUAUCGGUUAUCGUGCAGCCUGAUUCCAUGGCCUUUCAGUCAUGUGUGGAUGCGGACUUUUGAACGUACCCUUUUCCGGCCGCCUGCAAACAGCUUACAAGUAUUUAUUUUUGUACUUAUUCUCGGUGAGCAAAGCACCCUUUUUGCAUUCAUUUGGUAGCCAAUUAACUCAUAUGAAUUUUACUCUCGAAUCUAAAGUACCUUUUGGUUCUCAAAGCUUUUCAGUUCCUGAAUAAUUCUGAAUCCCACCCGCCGUUGCACUUACAUUUACGGUUUGAAAACUGCCAGCUGCAUGCUUUCCAUUUAAGAAAAAUGACACAUUUUCGAGUGCUUUUAAGUAGAUACCAUGAGGGCUCAUAAGAUUUCGCGACUUAUUGUAUACCUCCUGAUGAGAAUUUAUAAACAGACAGAUACGACGCUGCUCAAAUGGACAUUUCACGGUCUUAAAAAUGUUAUAAUCACAAUGUUUGCUAAACCAAACGAUACCCCUUCUUCAAACACAAAGUUCGAAGGAGAUGAAAUUAGCUAUGAGAUUAGUGCGUGGACUGAUUUUAUUGUGCACAUUUCUCAUUAAAUAUAUAUAUAUAUAUAUUUGGAUUUUACGGACAUCGAAAAUCGAUACAAAAGUGCACUUUACAUAAGUUGUCAUCUUUUACAAGCGGUAUGUUUGCAGGCCGCCAAAAAAUGCACAUCUAAAAUUCGGCAUCUUGGCGUGGCUGAAGAACCUUGGGAUUAGGCUACACGAUAAUCGAUAUCACAACCCCACAUAACUAAUUCUUUCCAAUGUAAUACAUAUUUCAGAAUUCGCGUUAACAUUUCAGAAGAUACGUCACCUACGGCAUAAUGCUUAUAGAAUAGUUGAAAGUGAUCGCCUAUAUUUGAUCCAUCAUGGCAAUUUUGUUGGAUAAGGCCUCGGGAAAGUUUGUAGCGGCAGCCAUCACGACCGGUCUGUCGUCAUUGUUCAAGACCUCGCUGCCUCAAGACUAUUCACCCCCUUUGCAGUUAGACGUUCCAGCCGAACUGACCUGAAGUCACACGACCGACAGCUCAGGCAUACCUACGUCGGCACAGCCGCAGCUGCCCAUGCGGCCACUUGA